GACGUCACGUUCUCAGCGUGUCAGUCAGUCGCACUGUGCUGGUGAAGUAGAGCAGCAGAUCUUGCGCUGCUGUUCAUUGUUUUCAUUUAAAUUUUAAAAAAAAGCCACCAUCAAUCCAGACAAAUCAUGGCACAGGCGCUAAAAGAACGGUUUGACAAGUUCCUUCAUGAGAAAAAUAUAAUUACAGACUUGUUGGCGAAGAUAGAGGCGAAAACCGGAGUGAACAGGUCGUACAUCGCAUAUGCUGUCAUCGCCAUCAUUGCAAUUUAUCUGGUGAUCGGAUACGGCGCAUCUCUCCUGUGUAAUCUCAUUGGUUUCGUCUAUCCCGCUUAUAUAUCAAUUAAAGCCAUUGAAAGUGCAACCAAAGAUGACGAUACCAAAUGGCUGACCUACUGGGUGGUUUACGGAGUGUUCAGUGUGGCAGAGUUCUUUGCGGACAUUUUCCUCUCCUGGUUCCCAUUCUACUUCUUGGGCAAGUGCGCAUUUUUGGUUUGGUGCAUGGCCCCCACUCCAUCAAAUGGCUCCGUUUUGCUCUACACAAGAAUAAUUCGUCCCUUCUUCUUGAGAAAUGAAGCCAAGAUUGACAAUGUGAUGAAAGACAUCAAGGAUAAGGCAUCAGAUGCUGCAGACAAGUUUAAAGACGAAGCCAAGAAAGCCACUGCCAACAUCAUAUUUGAGGAGAAAAAGAGCUCCUAAAGAUGGCAGCCAUUUUAACGGCUUCAUAUCCUACAGGACGUCACUUGCCUGAAUAAAUGUUGCCUUUUGUGUUUUUCUUUUGUAAAAUCUUAGUAGUACUCAUUUGCCUGUCUUUAAACUAGCAGCUAAACUAUAUAACCAUAUUAUAUUACAUCAGAUAGUUUCAGAGCUGACAAUACCAAGUCAGUAACGUUUAAGCAGGUAAGGUACGUAUCAUGUUACAAAUGUUCAGUAACAAUUACUUGUAAUGUUCAGUCUCUAUAAACAUCCUUUAUAUCUUUCUUGUAGACAUGCCUUAUGCUGGUUGAUAGUAAUUGGUUAUAUACUUAAAUGUCUUGCAUCUUACAGUCACUGAUCAUGUAAUUUGUAUUUAUUUGUGGAACAAGAAUUCAUUUUUACUGAAUGUCAUCAGACAAUCAUGAGAACUGUUAGCAAAUGAGUCAUGCUUUUGAAUGAAUAAAACUAUUAAACAAAUUA